UUGGGAUACGGAGGACUGACUUUCUGCACUCAAAACAGAAAUCACGAUACAAGUAGCUGUAUGCUGGCGUUCAGUUUGAUUCUCAUGUGGACUUUUUCCCCACUGAACUGAACUUUAGUUCUCUUGUUUCUUCCCUACCAUGCGUGUUUUUCAGAUGGAAUACUGACCUGAUAACCGUAAAUCGCCUGCACGUGAAACCGAAGUGAUGUGACAGAAUAGUACGGUCUGUUGCUGGUCAGAAAUGUCCAAAAGGGUCUGUCCCUGGAUAGACGGUACCCCUCAGAGGAAGACGUGUGUGAGAGAGGGGGCAGUUGGCGGUGAAGCUGAAAAGAAAGCAGUAUAUGAACACACCAGAGCUCUACUCUUCUCUGGCUCUCGUUCGGCGCCACUCUCUCCAGGCCCCUCUGCUGCCCCAUCUCAGCGGGGUGCAGCGAAGGGGGGGCAGAUGCGAAUAGGACCCAGGGGGGAAUUACUGAGAAGCCCACACAAAUCCGGGAACACGCCCUCCUCCGUCUGUCCGAUGUGCGAGUGCCCUUUGCUCAGUGGUGCCCCUUGUGGAAGAUGUGAGAAGGCGGUCUGUGUGCAGUGCCAGCGUCAGUGCUCUCUCUGCCUGCGGACACACUGUUUCGCCUGCUGCUUGCCCAAUUAUGAUGAGCGCUUCGAGAGGAUGGUUUGCAUCGACUGCCAGGCACUGUAACCGCAACUCGCCAUAGUCGCACUUCAGAGAACCCCCAUCUCACCCAUAUUGUGUCUUGGGACAACUGUACUGUGCAUUCUGAAUGAAUUAUCGUGUUUCAUCUGAAAAUGAAGAGUUUUUGUCUGCAGAAUAAAAUGAAUUUUAUUUUGUAUGUUUA